AUGGAUACCUCUCCACUAACCAAGGCGCACGACUACGCCAUUGCAGCUUCUAAAGCUACAAAGGCCUCCGAUACCACCGUUGCCAUCGCUCAACAUACUCUUGCCGCCGGAGAGUUUUCCAACGCCGCGCAAAACACGACAUGCAUCGAGGCUCUCCGUACCCUCAAGCUACUCGAGCAGCACCACCGUCGACUUUCGGAGCUUCUAAAGUUUCCCGCCGAGAAUCCCUCCCAGCCUUCCGAAGCUGAUAUCGACGCCGACGAUGACGAGAAGCAAGCCGCCAACCAAAAAAAUGCCUCCGCCACCAGCGAUCCCUCGAGGACGGAGCGUUCGACCGCCAAGACCUUGCCGCAGGUGCCCUCACUCCUGGGACAGCGCCGCCACUCCUCCCGGGAUCUUACGUCGUCCAUCGCGAGUAAUCUUGCUUCCGCGCGGGGAAUACGGGUCAAAUACGGCGGGCAGCCCCUGAGUCCGAGUGUAUCCAACGACCCGGCCUCUGGAAAUCUGGAAACGCUGCCGCGCCGACGAGAUGGGCAAAGGUCCAAGAUGCAGAACAUGCUUGACCAGCCGCCCAAACCCGUCUGGUCUCCGCAAGAUCAAGUUCAAAAGAAACUGGAGGCUCAGCCGCGCGAGUCUGGCCAGGGUCAACCCGAGCAAACCGACGACGGAUACUCACGCUUCUACAACUCCUUCGGGUCCCUGUUCAACAAGCUGUCAGCACCCCUUGCUUUUGCCGGUCUCCCACUCAUUGCCGAAGAGCCGUCGGCCAGCCAGCCGGCCCCGGCUCCCGAAACGUCCCCGCCGAAGAGGACUAGGCAGCAUCUCCACUCAUCCCACUCAGCGACCGCCGAGCCCGAUCUGAGCAAGAUCUAUUCCAAGGCCGCGCUGCGAGUCGUUUCACGCGACGGACACGGCGCCAACGAUUCAUUCUACGUAGUGCCGACCAGCGGGCACACGAUGUCCUAUGCCAACAUUCUCACCUUUGCCGAAAAAGAGAAGCGCCGCAUGGAAGCUUCUCUCCACGGCAGCACGGCCGACACGAUAGACGACGAAGACGACUUCGUCGACGCGCGAGAGACCCCGGCGCCGCUCUCGCCGAUCGCCAAACGCCGCAUCGGCAAGGGCCGCACAGAGAAGGACCUCAACAACGCCAUCGAGGAGCUAUGCAUGGAAAACAAGAGUCUCAAGGACAUGCUCGACAAGCUGAGCAAGCGCCUCCACGCGUUCGAGGCGAGCGCGCAGAAUUCGAGCCUCGCCCUCGCGGAGAGCAUGAGGCUCAUGCGUCCCGGGUCGCCGCUCGCCGCCGCGGGGGGCCGGUCCUCGAUGGAGGAGACGCUGAGGAAGCAGAAUGCCGAGCUGGAGGAGAGGUUGGGUGUUGCGGCGAAGCAUAUCGAGGUGCUGGAGAAGGAUAACCAGAAGAUGCAGAAGACGCUGGGGAAGUAUCGGGAGAAGUGGGAGCAGCUGAAGGAGAGCGCUAAGGCGAGGAGAGGGCAGCCUCCUGCGAAUGGGGGUGGCGGAUCUGGGAAUACGACACCAAAUUAA